AUGGGCAAGAGAAGCCGCACAAUUGAUCAAGACAAGGAUCUUGAGGAAGCAAGAGAACCACAAGAGAUGAAUCUUUAUGAUCACUUAUCGAGUUUGUAUGAUAGUUGUAAUGGAGAGAAUGAAGAAGGAGCAAAUAAUAAUAAUAAUAACACUGUUAUUGUUCCUCCGAAUGUUAUUGUAAAGACUUCGUUUAAAGAUUUUAAUGUUCAUGAAUUUGCAGUCAAGAGAAGUGGCUUAUUUAGAACCAUGAUUGAUUCGAAUGAACAGUGGAAAUUGGGAAAAGUUGAUGAUAAAUUCAAUAUUGAUUUGACAAGUGUUGAAGGCUCUAUUUCAACAGAGGGAGAACCUUUGAAAAAAAAAGAUUUUGAAAUCAUUUUCCGAUAUUUGUAUUGUGAUGAUUUUAAUUGUUAUAUGGGUACUUCAACCUUGAAAAGAAUUAUUGACAUGGCCAAAUAUUUGGAUAUUCCCUCUCUUAUCACAAAGAUACUUGAUGGAAUUCAAUUUUCACUUAAAUAUUUCCCAAUCAAGUACUCAUUGAAAGGAGAGUUGACUGAGCAUGAGAUUGUUGAUCUAAUUUUCAAAUUAACUAAUCGAUUUAAAAAUAAUUACGGCGAAGAAGUGAAAGGAUAUUCGAAUGAACUAAUCUCAUAUAUUUGCCAACAACAAUUGGUUCCUCUAUUUAUCAAAGUUAACCUUUUACAACGUCAUUUAACACAAAAUAACAAAGGGUUUGUGAUUACAAAAGAAAUGCUACAACCAUUUUCAGAUUGCAUCAAAAAAAUGAGAAAGGAAUCCAAAUACUUAUUACCAAACCAAUCUGAGAACAUUGACCCAACAAUGUUCAAAUUAUUGGAAUUGAAACAGCCAAAAGAAAAUCCAUGCAAACGCAAACACUAUCGUUGUGCUGAUACUGUUUAUAUUUCUAUGGGAGCAGAAGAAGACUCAGGUGAGUUUGAUUGGAAUGAAAGAGAAUUUCCGAUUGAGAGAAUGAAAGUUAGUAUUGUGGAUUAUGAAAAGAAUAGGAAAGGAUUUUUGGAAAUAUCUGAAAGGUUAUUGGAUAAAGAUGAAAAGAAAGUCUUAGAUCGAAAGGAAAUGGAAGAAUUAAUUGAGAAAGUUGUGGAGAAAUUCACAAACAUUGAUAAUAAUUUCAUGGAGGAGCUCAACAAGGACUUGAAUGAAAGAGGACUAGAGAUAUUUUCACUCAAU